AUGUUUGGUCAUCUCUUGACCGCCCUGUUCUUCGCCGCCCUCCUGGUCAGCAACGUCCUCGCGGUCGUCGAGUACAAUGUGACGAUGCGGUCAACUGCCGCUAUCCUCGCGUAUGAGCCAUUCAACACCACCUCGGACGCCGGCUGGAACGAGACGUAUUCCCUCGCUUCGUGGGGCGAGUACAACACGGGCGCCAUGCCAGAUGGCGAUAACGCCCAUGUCACUUCCCACAUCGGCGCCACAGUCUCGGUAUCGUGGGUCGGCACAGGCGUGUACUUCCACGGCUCGGGCCAAGUAUCCAUCCAAGUUGAUGACAACGAGACAUAUUCUGGCCCGAUGGAUGUCGGUGGUGUUGGGGUUGGAGGAUUGCCAUAUACUUCUCAUAACGCAAUCCUCUCAGUCACAGAGGGGACCGUUAGCGUGACAAAUGUCACUUUAACCACUAUCAUCGGUGGGGACGGCGCGGUCGAUAUUGAGAAGGACAUAGGGUCGCUUAAUGAUACAGGCAUCAAUCCCGAUCUGGGUGUCAUGGGCCGCUGGACACCGAGUUGGAGAAUCUGCGGCGACAUGGAGAACGCCACAAUGAGCUCGUCCAGUUGUUCCCAAUACGACACACUCAUCACCGAACAAGUCAGCGCCUCGGUAUCCAUGCCCGUGCCCAUCAACGCGUCGAUUGCCAUGGUCUCCGGAGCUGUCGGGAGCGACUACGGCUCAUAUGCUGUCAUUCUCGAUCCGGCCCCACCUCGAGGUCUGGCCAACUAUAGCGGCAACGCCAAACGCGCAUGGAUCUCACCGGGCAACGUCCUGUAUUUCGGCAGCUUGGAUCCGGCACAGAGAUACACUCUGCGGAUCCAAUACACGGGCGGCGGCAAAUUACAGUGGGGCCUGGCCCGAUUCAUCGUUGCGCAGGGGGGCGCCGCGUGGUCUCCUCCUGGUGGAGGGUUGAAGGGCGGGGACGGGAAUGGCACUGAGACUGGCACUGGCACUGGCACUGGCACCGACACUGGGGCUGGACAUGCUGGCUCCAAGUCGGACAAGCCGUUCCCGAUCGGUCCGGUGGUGGGCGGAAUUGUCGGCGGCCUCGCUGUCAUCCUCCUGAUCGCCGGGUUGAUCUGGUGGCGCAAACGCAAACGUCAAGACCACUCUUACUCUGGCGAAAAAGUGAGCGUGGGCAAGAAAUGGAGGCGCAGGCACUCGUCAAUCUCCCACUUCGAUAUCGACGUCGUUGACCAGACAAACCAAUCUGGCCAAGUGAGGACAUACCAUCCGGCGGAUCCGUUUAUGACGGACGAGAACCAUAUCACCCCACUGCCUGUCCCGUGGCCCGGAGAUCUCGUGUCGCCGACUGCAAGUGGCAGUGGCAGUGGGGGUGGCAAGGGCUCGUAUCCUUCGUCUGCGUAUGCGGCUGGGGGUGGCAGUGGGAGUGGCAUGGGCUCGUAUCCUUCGUCUGCGUAUACGACACAGUCAUAUACGGCACAGUCACAUGGCGGACAGACGUUCGAUGUCGGGAGCGUGUAUAAUUCCAACAUUUCACAACCUCCCACGCACAGUUAUCCGCCAAAAUCGCCGUUCACCGACGCCGCCGCCGCCCCCGCGGCCGCCCCCCUUUCCCCCGUCACCCCGAUACAGAUGUAUCCCCCCUCUCCUGCCAAGGGGCCUGCACUGCUGCCGCCGCGCCCCAGCGUCGUCACCCAGGCCGAAGAUGGGGGACGCGUCGUUGAGGAGCAGGUGCCGCCGAGGUAUAACCCGGCGUGGGCGGAUGAUGGGCCAGGGGGCGGAAGAGCGGGCGGGCGGUAG